AACACAACUAAAAACUGAACGAACAGAGCAGAAAACAAAGAGGAGAGAACGACUUCAAAAUGGGAAAGCCAGCUGGGUAUUGGGUGAAUAAGAUUAGGACAUCCUUCAAAGGAGGAUCAUCAUCGAGCAAAUCAUCAGAAGAUGGAAGUGCUUCUGGUUCUAGAAAGAGCGAUUCAAAACAUAGGAAGAAUCAGAGAACAGAGGAAGGUAAUAAGAAUGCUGAAGCAGGAGUAGCUCAAGCUGAGAGUGGAAGGAAAGUGAUGGUUGUUGUGGACACAACUUCACAAUCAAAGAAUGCUCUUCAAUGGGCACUAACACAUUGUGUUCAAGAUGAAGACAAUAUCACUCUCCUUCAUGUCACAAAAACACCCAUAGGACAAGGUGCAGAUGAGACACAAAGGGAGAGAAACUCAAGGGCUCAUGAACAAGUUCAUCCAUUGAAGAACCUUUGUCAACUCAAGAAACCUAACGUGAAGACGGAGAUAGUGGUGGUUGAGACAGCAGAGGAGAAAGGGAAGGCAAUAGUAGAGGAAUCAAAGAAACAGGAAGCAGGAGUUUUGGUUUUAGGUCAGAGGAAAAGAACUUCGAAGUGGCGUGUGAUAUGGAAGUGGCGCACGAAAGCAGGAAUGGGUGGAGGAGUUGUUGAGUAUUGUAUUCAUAACUCAGAUUGUAUGGCUAUUGCCGUCAGGAAGAAGAGUAACAAUGGAGGUUACUUGAUCACCACGAAACGUCACAAAGACUUCUGGCUCUUGGCCUGAAUUAAGACAUCAUUCCUUAUAUUGAUCCCGAAACCUUCUUUUUUUUUCUAAAUCAGAAGAAGUCUUUUUUAAAAACAAUACAUGUUUUAUGAUUAUGAUUGAUGAUCUGUAUUCGUUAUAAGAUCUUUUAUUUUUCUCAUGUACAGACUUCAUAUCUGUUGAUGCUUUUUCUUGUGUGGAAACAGAGCCGGACCUGAGUUUUUCGGGGCCUUAUUCAAAAUAUAGAUGAACUUAUCGUAGUUUUGAUGAUAAAAAACAGCAUCGAAAAAAUUAUAGAACAAGAAGAAAAAAAGAACAGUCUAAACAUAAUUAAUCUUCAAAAUACAGUACAAUAGUUCUAAAAACACACAACAACAGUUCUACCGAUUUUGAAAAAUAACUCUUCUAGCAGUUUUUUCAGCAAAAUCAUUCAUCAAACUUUCAUAAUUGAGAUUUUGAAUUAAAGCUUUCUCGAUCGAUAACAUAGCCAAUCCGUUUAACCUUUCCUGUGACAUAGUAGAUUGUAGAUAAGACUUUAUCAACUUCAACUUAGAAAAACUUCUUUCAGCUGAAGCAACUGAAACAGGAAUGGUGAGCAUUAUCCUGUAAGCAAUCCAUAUACUCGGAUAGCUAUCCUUCAUUCUCUUCAAAUAAUCCAGCACUUCUACAUUCUUCUUGAAAGUCUUUGGCAAAACUUCUCUGAAAAUUUUGAUUUCCAUGAACAAAUCAUUCCCAUCAAUAUCAGAAUCUGCUCCAUGCUUAAGAAAAGCUUCAAGGUUAGAACAUUUACUCUUCAAAAUAUCAUCGCUUGUUGAGUUGAGCUUUCGUAGACUGAACAAAAACCCAAAAAUAUUUUCAUACUCUUUAAAUUGUUCUAACCUUGUUUGGAAAGAAACAAUAGCCUGGUCCAUCAUUUUGAAAAAAUAAUUGAUUCUGAAAUCAUCCUCCACACUUAGAACCUGACAAACAUCAUCACCUUUGUCUCGCUCUUCAUCAAAAUGAGUUUUCCUUUUAAUAAGGCGCUUGUUCCUCUUGUUAAACAUGGGUUCAAUAUCCAUAGCAAUGGCAAUUUUUGAAGCUUCAGCUUUUGCUUCUUGAAAUCCCAUUUCUCUAUACUUUUGGAAAAAAGAAACUAACCCCUUUAGCUGAGCAAUGGCAUCAUCGAUAUCAAUAUCUUCAGACUGUAGCAUCUUGCUCACAGUAUUAACAGCAAACAGAACAUCAUACCAUAUAACCAGACCAAACAAGAACUCAAACCCUCCAAUUCCAUGUGUUUCACUUAUCGCAAGACAUUCAGCAUCACUCCGUGCUCCUGGAUCCUCACUGUUUUCUGCAAAGUAAAGUAAGACAUCUCUGAUUUCUGGAGCUUUAAAACGUAUAGCCUUAACGCUUUCGAGGUGACUUUCCCAUCGCGUAUCUGAUAGCGGUUUAAGCGUGAAACCUCCCACCAUUUUUCUGUACAUCUCCCACCUAGUCGUAGAAGGUUGGAAAAAAUUAUAUAAACGCUGGAUAAUCCCAAAGAAAGACAUCGCUUUAUCAGAAGAUUUAGCAAUAUCACAAAUAGCCAAGUUCAGAUUAUGACAACCACAUGGUGUAUAAAAUGCUCUCGGAUUGAUAUCCAACAAUCUCUUCUGCACUCCUUUGUUUUUUCCUUUCAUGUUGGAUCCAUUGUCAUAACCUUGUCCCCUAACAUCAUUAAUAUCCAACUUCAAACCAACCAGUGUAUCACAUAAUAGCUCAAAAAUCCCUUUUCCUGAUUUAUCUUCAACUUCGAGAAAGGUAAGAAAAAAUUCUUCAAUCUGAACUGGACUCACUGAUAUAUCCACACAUCGAAUAAUGAGAGACAUUUGCUCUUUGUGGCUGAUAUCUGGAGUACAAUCAAGAAUAACCGAGAAGAAUUUUGCCUCUUUAAUCUUCUUAAUGAUUAUAAACUUGAUUUCAGAACUCAACAUUCCAAUCAACUCAUUCUGAAUUUUGUAGCUGAGAUAAUGGUAUCGGGUUUCUCCUUUGGUGAUUCGCCUGAUGUGCUCCCUCAUUACAGGAUCAAAUUUACCAAUCAUCUCAAUAUUCCCCAGAAAAUUUCCAUUGUUCUCUUGGCCAAUUUUGUCAUUAGAUCCCCGGAAUGCUAUAUUACUCUUAGCCAAAUACUCCACCACUGAAAAUAAUCUCAGUAAAAGCUCCCUCCAAUAAUUCUUCUCUUUUUCGAUUUCCUCUUGGACACACUUAUCAAUUGUCUGAUUCUUUUGCAGCCUCAUCUCUAGUUCCAUCCACUGGCUCAUACACAUAAUGUGAUCAUUACUGGUUUCAUGUUGGCUCAGCCUUAUUCCAGUAUUAUUCCAAUCCAGAAAUCCAAUGCCUGCUAGUUGAGUAGUUUCCUAACGGGUGAACAACUUGCAACAAAAACAAUAGAUCUUGUCGAAUGUUGUUGAAUAAACUAACCAACGCCGGUGCUGCAUAUCUCCAUUCUUCAUGAUCCUUUUGUAAUUUCUAUGUGAAAAGUGUCUACCACUUUCAUUUUUGGGGAAAAUAUAAUCUUCAGAUGGUGGUGGGAGAGGACCUUUCUCAACCAAAUAAUCUCUUAACUUCUGGUCAAUUUUUCUCCAAUUUCCAGGAUCCAUAAGAUCAAAGGCUGAAUCAUCUUCUUUAAAAUGCUCGUCCGCUGCAUUUGAGUUGACAUCUUCAUCAUCUAUCUCAGCUCUAUCCCUAUUCUCUUCUUGAUCAUGGUUUCCAUAUCCAGUUCUAACCCCAUCAACCUCAUCAUCUGGUUCAGAUCCAUCAACCUCACCAGUUUCACUACUAUCCUCACUAGUUCCAUCAACCUCAUGGUCCUCAUCAGUUCCAAGCGAUGCUGGUUUCUUAAAAUACUUUAACAGAGAACCUGACUGAGACUUCACUAGUUCUUCUACUCUUCUUUUCUUUGCUCUUUUCUUAGCUCCAGAAAGGUAUAUUCUUGAUGCACUCAUUUUUUUCUGCAGGAUGAAGAUAGAAAAUUUAAAGAUUGUAAUUCAGUUUUGACAUUAUAAAAAAUUGACUAUUAAAAACCUUCAAACCAAAACGAGUAAAUCAAUUGAAUUAGAGAUGAAUAAACAAUAUAAGAUUUGUUAAACGAAAAUAAAAUUUGAUUUUACCUAAGAAUCAAAAGACAAAAUCUCUGGUUUUCUUAUGAACUUGCUUUUAUAGAGAAGGGAAGAAGCUGAAAAGACGGUCUCGUAGCUCGUAAGUUUUCUUUGCUGAGUUAAAAUAUGAUGCUUUUUACUUAUUUAAAUUUAUUAUAAUAUUUACAAUUCUUUAAAUAAAAAAAAUGGAGAUAUCUUCAGACUUACGUGCUAAUAAUGUUCAUGACAUGUAUUUUAUUCUGUCACUAGAAACCAAAAUUUUACUUUUUAAUUUGACUUUGCACCUAAGAUUCAUAUAUUAACAUUACAUAUUUACAAAGGAAAAAAUUGGAAGUGGGGGCCCCAUGAGGUGGGGGCCCCAUACGAAUGUUUCGCGAGAUUGCGUACAAGCCCGGCCCUGUGUGGAAAGCCUCCAAAAAUAUAAAUAGUGAAUUGUAUAAUAAGAAAACAAGAAAUAUAACCAGAAGCACAUAUAUAAAAAAAUAUCAUAUUAUUGUUGUUCAAUAUGGAACACAAUUUCAAAGUUAAAAUGACACUUAAUACAAAAAGAUACAAGAUAGACAAAUAAUAAUCCACCAAUCAGAUAAACAAUUUACAUAUAUGUAAUCAAAUAAUUAAUGUGUAUGGAUAUUGUUUUGGUGGAGAGUAUUCCCUGAAUAUCUCUUAUAUAUUAAUUGGAGAACACUAGAAACAUUAUAACAUUAGUUUUCAGGACCACCCACAAUGGGGGGUGUUGAAACUCACUUUUAACAGUUUAAUCCCGUGCAGUGAGGUGUUGUACAAAUGUGUUUGUCUAUGUGGUAUCAAUAAGCGUUGGAAAGUUUCAACAGCUAAUUUUUUUUGUGUGGCCUGCACUGUCACGUGUCGUUUUGUUGUUAACCGGAAACAUUUAGAUCCCAUUGCUUUGCUCUCAUGGAUGGGCAAAUUUCUUUUGAUAUUUAUCAUCGCCCAAUAAUUCAAACAUAUUUAUUAUAUAAUAAAAUUUGUUUUUAAAAUAUAAAAAAUAUCAAAAUUCAAAAUUUUUUAAUCUAUAAACAGAGACUGCUCUCAUUUCAUUUGGAUACAGAAAAAUUAUCGAUUUUCAUUAUAAUCAACUAUUUUAGUGUUU